AUGGCGGACCUUUCCGAUAAUAAGUUUGCCUACCUCAAAGACAAAAAUAUACCACAACUCAUGGAGUAUAUUCUACAGAAACUCGUCACGGACCUUCCUGAAAAUCCAAUGCAUUAUAUUGGGGAACUGAUGGAAGAACCCGUUCCACCGAGGAUUAUUGUCGCCGGCCCACCCGGCAGCGGCAAAGGGACGCAAUGCGAAGCCAUUGCAGAGAAGUUUGGUGUUGUACAUAUUUCUACUGGAGAUUUAAUUCGGGAAGAAGCAACAGCGGAUACGGAGGAAGGCAGAGAGUUGGCGCAGUUGAUGGAAGAAGGCGAUUUAGUCCCUGACGAAUUCAUCUCUCAGUUGGUUUACCGCCGCCUUCAAAAAGACGACGCGAAGCGGUUUGGUUGGCUGCUUGAUGGUUUCCCCCGCUCCAAACAACAGGCGAUGGAAUUGGAUACAUGGAUGUGCCCUCCACAUCUCUUCAUUUUGUUGGAUGUAGCGGAUGAAGAAGUUUUCAAACGCAUUGAACACCGUCGUGCCGAUCCCGUGACGGGGAAUGUGUAUCAUUUAAUAUUUAACCCACCCCCAAAGUCUGAUAAAGAAUUAUGGAAUCGCCUCGUGCAGCGGACAGAUGACCAUCGCGACACGGUGGCGAAACGGUUGGAAGUAUAUCGCGAGGAAAUAAGUUGGUUGAUGGGACACUACGGUGGUAUAACCGAAGUUGUGGAUGGGAAUCAGGGCAUCAGAGCCGUUACAGCGGAUGUACUGAAAACAGUGGAGAGCCGGCUGUUGCGUUGA